AACUUCUAUCAAACUAUACAUUUAUCUACCUAGGUAAAUUUAUAGUUUAUAUUGGUGUUAGUGUUAGACUAAUAUUGAUUACUUUUGCUAUUUACAAAGGGUUGAUACGUUAGGCCCCUUGCUGGUAUUUCAUGCCUACAACAGUGCAUUCGCAAGAUUUUAUUAAGAAGAGUUGAGAUAUUUACCAGCUAUAGUACACUGUCGGCACAUCGUGAUAUCAGCCCUAGCAAACGCCAGCGGCGGAAUACAGAUGACUUGCUUCCACAGAACGUAUCGGCCGCUGGAUCUACCCGCCUGCCUAUGUUGGGAAAUUCCAGCACCUUUAGCCCAUCUAGUAGCCGCACAGGCGCUUCAACGCCUCGACGUAGUAACAGCCCAUCGCGUGAGACGAUUGCUGCUCUCAGAGUUGCAUCGCCUCCAAUCACGACUGAACCACUAGACGGGGUGGAUCCAGAACCUCCUGCGCGAGUGAUGGCCGUGGUAGCGCGGCUUGAGGACGGGCUGGACGAGGGCUGGAUACCUGGGUGGCUCGAGACGUCAAUCAAAGCCGAUACAGAUAUCGGCUUCCAAAGAUUUAAGCCUUCCGCUUUCAGCAAGACCCCUACAAGGGAUCUCUCUGACCCCAAUCUGGAUCCUGUCGCCCGUACCGACUUGGAAUACACAUUGAAGAAGGUGAAGACGAUAUUCAAGAAAGCGCUUCAUUGCCAGACAAGAGGCCGCGACGAGAAUGCGUGGUGCGACGAUGUGGUCCGGCCGAUAGUGAGACUCGCGCUCCGGUUACAAUUCCAGAAUAUCGACCUUGAGUUCCUUUCGCGCGCCGCUGAUACAUCUGGCAAGCAGCGCGCUCUUGACCGAAAAGCCAACUACACUCUCUCCUACUCCCACGACGCAUCACCUUUCGGAUCUCUCUACGCCCGCCUUCUUCACCAUGGAAACAAGUGCAUCAGCCAUACGACUGAUGCCUCCACCAAGACCACAGCCGUCUUCUCCGGCAUCGAGGUUAGGCCCUCCGAUGGCGACAAGCUUGAAGCCGAGUAUCAGCUUAGCAUAUGGAUGGCGGCGAGUCUGCGUAAGAAGGCGAAGCUAGGACGAUGUGCGGGCCUGCCCGACACUACCUGCCUCGUGGAGCCAGGCUUCACCAUUGUGGGACACGAGCUUUCUUUUUAUAUCGCGUAUCUAGAAUCUAACGAAGGCGGAGCGGUGCGCAUUUUAGAGUUUGGAAAUGCUGCAACGAGUAGUAUAUCGGGGGUCUUCAAAGCUGAGGUUAUGGCGGAACGUCGUGGAAUACGCCCUUGA